AUGCGUUUCAGCAGGUGUCGCCUGCAUCUCCUUGUGCAGGUGAUCACCGGGGGACACUACGACGUAGACUGCUAUGUGGAGGACCCCAAUGGCAGGAUGAUCUACAAGGAGACCAAGAAGCAGUACGACAGCUUCCCGCACCGCACUGAAGUCAAGGGCGUCUACACCUUCUGCUUCAGCAACGAGUUCUCCACCUUCUCCCACAAAACCGUCUACUUCGACUUCCAGGUGGGCGAUGAGCCACCGAUCCUGCCCGACAUGAGCAACCGUGUCACUGCCCUGACACAGAUGGAGUCCGCCUGCAUCACCAUCCACGAGGCUCUGAACACGGUGAUCGACUCCCAGACUCACUACCGCCUGCGGGAAGCGCAGGACCGGAGCAGAGCUGAAGACCUCAACGGACGGGUCUCGUACUGGUCGGUCGGGGAAACCCUCAUCCUCUUUGUGGUCAGCAUUGGGCAAGUGAUGCUGCUUAAAAGCUUCUUCACCGAGAAGAGACCCGGCAGCGGCAGUGCCAGCACCUAAAGCCGCAGCUGUUCUGUGCCCAAACUGCAGGGGGGAGCGGGCAGGCAGCGUUCUCCUGGGUCACGCUUUACCUCUGUUUUUCACAAGGUGCUGCUGUGGGGAGGUGGCUGGGGGGGAGCAGGGGAUGAUGUAACAUUGCUGAGCCAGAUGGAAAAUGGUCACUCAAGCACCUGCAUCCCCUGGCCAAUCCCCCCAGCAUCACCUUCCGCUUUGCCUUCGCCUGCCCUGCGGCCCCGUCCCCUCACCCGGCCAGUCUGUCCCCGCUCACCAGCUCCACCGGGGAAGCGGGUGGGCAUGCUGGGGUUUGGCAUCAACACUCUGGCCCCUUGUCUGACACCUGGUGCACCUUCAGAGCUCAAUGUAACUGUAAGGUGCAGCCUGGCAUCCGGCAAGGCCACGCACUGUCCAUGCACACCCAGCAGGGCAGGGAGCUCUGCCCAGGCUGGUGAGGGGAUGGGGCAACGCUGACCCACCCAGUGCCCACCUCCCGAGCGCUCCUGCACUGAGCCAAGUGCUGUUAGCCUGGAGGAGAGCUGCCCUGUGGGCUGUGGGCUCUGUGCCUGCAGGCAGAGGAGGGGUGAGCACAGCUCCUCUUUUUUCCCCGGGGCAGGCAGGGCGCUCCCUGCAGCAGGGCCAAAGCUGGCAGCAGCAUCCCAGGAGCCACCGGCUCAAAAACGGAGGUGAGGUUUCAGCAGGGGCUUUUUGCUUGGUGAUUUCCUUUGCUUUGCGGCUUGCAGAGCCCUGUCCUCACAGCGAAGCAUUUCCCAGGCCCUUCUCUGCUGCAGGAGCAAGUGGCAUGCCCCAUACAAGAUGGUAUUUUCAUACUUAUAUGAGUCCAUGCCUGGGUCUGUACCCAGUAGACAGCGGGAGCAGGCACAGCUCGGCCCCACCCGUGCUAAGGAAGGCCCAUCCCUGACCCAGCAGCAGCAAGGAUGCCCCACACCCCUGGGACUGCAGCCACGUUCCCUGGAGCCCCACAAAGCAGAAACCCCUGCAAGAGCCCUGGGGAGACCAGUGUGCCAGCUGCCACAGCCGCCAGCCCUCAAGCAGGUGCGGGAUCACUCCUCCAGAGCCAGAGCAGCACCGCUGGCAUUUUACUUUGCCACUUCGUAAUAAACCCCUGUGACUGUG